CCAACGUCGUCGAUUAGGGCCAUCACUAAGCCAAGCUGCGUGCAUUGAUGCUCGAGAGGCCGUUGCUUUUGUUUUUCUUUUUCUUCUUCUUUUCCAUAUCCACGAUGCCCGCCCUCUCCUCCCGGCUGGCUCGUGUCGAAUGCUCUGCGCGACCUCGCAGACGGCCAAACUGAACAACUGCCAGCAGCAGCCAGCCAGAACCACGAAGCCCGAUCCUCCUCGGCCAUCGACAUCCCCUCCCCCACUCCCAGCGUUGCGCCCGCCAGUCCCGAGGCGCGCCGGCACAUCCGCUGCCCGCCAUGGCUGCUGCCGACGCUGCUAGUGGAGCUGUCGAACCCACGCGGGCGGUCCAACAAGAAGAAGAGCAGCCCUCGGGCCAGGAGACACAGUCGCAGGAGAAGGUGGCACGCGGCGGGGGCCAGAAUGACACACAAUCCUCCUCCCAGUCGCCUGGCUUGGAUCCGGCCCAGGACCCUCUGCGCAACGCCCCGACCUUCAAGGACGAGCUGGCGCCAGAGCCCGUCGAGGAGGAAGCUCCCCAGGAGAAACCGAAGCCUCCCGGUCUUGUGGCCAGGACAAUGCAGAAGCUGGGCCUCAAUGACAUCCUCCUCAAGAGCAUGUUCAAAGGCUCCAUUGCCCCCGUCAUUGGCCUUGCCAUAUAUCAGGCGCCGGCAGUAACGCGUCAACUGACCACGCUGGGAUACCUCGUCGGUGUCAUCACCGUCUUGUCCCUCUCCGUCCUGCCCUGCGGCAAGUUCGUCCAGAACAUCAUCCUGAACAUCCUGGCCACCUGCAUAGGCUGCGCCAUGGCCAUGCUGAUCAACUAUUCCGCCGUCCAGGCUCGCCUGCACACCUCCGAUCUCCGCGAGAUGGCUGCCUUUAUCCAGGCCAACGGCCGCGCCCCCUACAACUCGAGCCAGAGCGCCGUGUGUGGCGUCUGGCUGUUUUUCCAGAUAUGGCUGAGCAAUACCGUGAGGGCCAAGUGUCCCGCCUUCAACAUCCCCGUCAUCAUCUACAGCAUCGUCGUCGACAUCUCGUGCACCUUUGGCCCGGAGUUCCCCACCCUAGCCGUCGCCGAGACUUUCGUCCAAAGGCUUCUGACCGCCAUCCUCAGUGGCCUGGCUAUCGCUACUGCCGUGUCCCUCAUUAUCUUCCCCAUCAGCAGUCGCCAGGUCGUCACCAAGCAGAUGGCCGGUGUCCUCGGGCUCUUCAAAAAGUCAAUCGUGCUUGAGAAGCAGUACCUCCAGGGCCUGGAGAAGGAGGACAUGUUCUCCCUCGAGAUGACCGAAACCUGUGCCGGCCGCUCAGAGAAGGAGAGGAAGGGCGGGAAGAAGGACAAGGGCCCGAAGCUGACCAAGGAGCAGAAGAAUGCCAUGGCGCUGCGGGGCACCAUCGGGGCGAUCAGGGAGCUCAUGGGCAAGAUCUACGGCGACAUGAAGUUCGCAAAGCGUGAUAUCGCCUGGGGUCACCUGAGCGCCAAGGACUUCAGCGAGAUGUUCAACCUGAUCCGCAUGUGUGUUAUCCCAAUGACCGGCAUAGGCACCAUCAUGGACAUAUUCCAGCGGGUCGGCAGGGAAAGGGGCUGGGACGGCGAGGGCCCGGGGGACGGCGGCAUAUUCCAGCGCUUCGAGCCCAUCGGCAAGGAAGACAGCCAGCGGAUCUGGAACGACAUCAUGAGACAGCUGCACGAGCCCUUCGAGAUCCUGUCCGAGGCCAUCACCCAGGGGGUCGACCACGCCGGCAUCCUGCUCAAGUUCUUCCCUCAGCCCAAGGCGCAAAAGAAGGCGGCAGCCCAGCAGGCAGGUGCAGAUGCCGAUGUCGAGGCUUCUGGCGGGGUGCUCGGUCCCGGCCAGGUCGGGUUCUCCAGCGUCAUCAAUGCCAAAAUCGAGACGUUCAAUUCCCGCAAGGGCGAGAUCCUCCGGCUGUGGGCCAAGGACAAGGGGCUGUGCGCGGAUGGGGAUCUUGAGAACUGGCCCCAGGACAGCACCAGGUUGUUUGAGAAGAGGCGCAAUGACCAGGCACAGCUCUAUGUGAUCUUGUACCUGGAAAAGUUGAUGCAAGCCACCGGCGAGGCCGUGCAGGAUCUCGUAGCAUUCGCCGAAGCAUGGGCAGAGGACGGGACAAUGUCCAAGAAGCGCCUGAUAUUCCCGAGCGGCCGGCGCCUGCGCAAGUGGUUCCUCGGCAUCUUCAGCAACGAGGACUCGACCGCCGAGGACUCGCCCGACAUCAUGGAGACCGGCACCAACGUCGUCUACCUCGGCCAGGGCUGGAUGCACAAGAAGGACCCGGAACACCUGCCCCCCGCAAACGCCUGGGAGCGCUUCGGCAACGGUGUGCGGCGCUUCUCGCACUUUUUCGGCUCGGACGAGUCGGUCUUUGGCUUCCGCGUCGCCUGCGCCACCAUGACCAUCGGCAUCAUUGCUUUCCUCGAGGCGUCGCAGCAGUUCUUUAUAAAGCAGCGGCUCGUUUGGGCUAUGAUUAUUAUUGCCAUCGGGAUGUCGCAGACUUCUGGCCAGUCAACAUUUGGCUUCCUUCUCCGGAUAGGGGGCACUUUUAUCGCAAUGGUUAAUUGUUUUAUCAUCUACUACAUUGUCGACCGGAAAGUACCGGGAAUAUUUGUCUUUCUCUGGCUUUUCAUCUUUAUCGAAUAUUAUUUCUUCUUCAAAUAUCCUCAAUUUAUACCCGCCACCAUGAUCUGCAUCGUCACCCAGGUCCUCAUCCUUGGCUACGAGCUCCAAACAGAUUUGCUCGGGAUAGCGGCAUCCGAGUCCAGCGGACAGCCCUAUUACCCACUUUAUACCCUUGCCCCGUAUCGACUAGCCACUGUAGCUGCCGGUGCCUUUGUUGCCUUCUUCUGGACUGUUUUCCCGAGUCCUUUCUCAGAUCGGACAUGGCUUCGCAAGGAUCUGAGCGCGGUGCUCUAUCUACUCGCCAACUACUCCAGCGUCGUACACACCACCAUGAGAGCGACCAUGAGGGGCACUGUCGGCGACAUGGAGGUCCCAGGAACACCUGCGCACUCGCUGUUCAAGGUCCGGCAGAAGCUGUUUGGAAAGUUGACGAUGCUUCUUCCUUCGCUGCAGAUGCACGCAAACUUCCAGAAAUUCGAGCCCAGUCUUGGCGGCAAAUUCCCCGAAGAGCAGUACCAAGACAUCAUAGUACGGUCUACUCGCAUCAUGAACUACUGCACGCUCAUGUCCUACGUCCUCACCUACCUGGCCCCCAAGGGGCCCGCGGAAAACUCCGACAAGGACUGGAUGCACGCCCUGGGCGAGGUCUUUGAGGACGUCUCGCCCGUGCACAACCAGAUCCUCUCCACGCUCACGCUGCUCUCCAACUGCCUCCUCUCGGGCCAGUCCCUGCCGCCGUACCUGCCGCUCCCCAAGCCCUACGAGAUGACGCGCCACCUCCUCAGCAUGCGCGCGGACGGGACCCCCAUUGGGUCAUCCCGCCACCACCACCAUCAUAAAUCUAGGGGAGGGGCGCGCCGCUCGUCAUCCGCAUCAUCGUCCUCCUCCUCCUCCUCAUCGUCAGCGUCGUCAUCCUCGUCCACACACUCGGCCGAGCCGUCCCCCAACAACAACAACCAAAAGACCACCAGCAGUCGCCACAACAACAACACGCCGAGCAACCCGCCCCUAGAGGCCCGCAGCCUCCUCGACGUCCGCAACAUGGAGCAGAAGGGCUACACCGAGUUCGCCGUCCUGCAGGUGUGCUCGACGCUCAUCGUCGGCGACCUCGAGGGGCUGAUCGCCACCGUCGGAGGGCUGGUGGGCACCGUCGACUUCAGCUUCCGCGUCGAGCAGAACAGCUCGUCGUCGGACGAGAGCUCCGUCAGCGAUUUUGAGAGCGUGCGGCGGGUGGGGACGUGGGCGUCGCGGGCGGCUGAGGCGAGGAGGGCCGCGUCGUUUGCGAGUGGUUCUGGUGGGGGUGGUGGGGGUGGGAAGAAGGGGAAGGGAAAGAAGGAUUGAUUAUCUGGGUACCUAGGGAGGUGGUAUUAUGUCUAUGCCCAACGUCUUCCGGGUGGCCUGGCCUGGUUUUCUUGCUUGGGAGAUGGGCAGGGCGGUCCGUUGUGUCCUUUCAGUCUCAAGCAUCGACAACGUUUUUGGGGGAUGGGCUGCGAGGGUGUCUUGUUGGAUAGGUUGAUGAUACCCGACACCCGCCGCUACUACCCACAGUACGUACACUAGUAGUGAUAGUGCCAAAGAGCCCUGAACGAGAAUCUGAAAUAAUCUCUACGAGACUCGGGGGACGCAGGGGGUUUAUCGCGCGCAGCCUUGGGACGUGACAGACAGACAGCUGGCGGCCACUCGUCCUGGCUCGGAUCAGUGACGUCCGGCCGGGCCUGACUCGGCCUGCAUACCGCGAAAAUGACAGCUCACAAGAGACGGACGACCAGAGGGACGGGAACCCG